AUGUACAGGAAUAAAAUAUUAUGGGAAUCUCCAUCAUUCAUCCAGAACUUGACGAAUCUCAACACUAUGGAUUUCGAAGAACAAAUUGAAAGAGCUGAAAAGUUAUCAUCGCCAUCAUUAGUUGGGUCAUCAGUUAGAUCUGCUGAUGAUUCAAUUCAUAAUAAUUAUAUCCAUCCGGAAAAGUAUAAAAAAACUGAUAAAUCAACUAAGAACAAGUAUAACAUUGAUAUAACUGCUUCCUUAGAUGAUUUGAUGAAAGAAGGUGCUUUACUAGGAUCUGAAGAGAAUUUUGAAACUUAUUUGGAUGAACAAGGUGAAGUUAAAGAUGAUGCCAAGUACAUUCCUAAAGAAGAUCCUGAAGUUGACGAAGAUACUAAGGUUCCUAUUGAUACCAUUAAAUCACAAGAAGUCGAAGAUAAGGAAGAACCAGUCGAAGACAAAGAAGAAGUUAAAGAAGAAUCAAUUGACGCAAAAGUUGCUGAAUCAAAUUCAACUGAAUCAACUACAACCUCAAGUGGUUUCUAUUCAACUUCUCAAGAUUAUUCUAAUCCUAACCUUUCAGAUUUCCAAUUGAACAACGAUAUUAAAUCUCAUAACGAUCUUUUAUCUAAAAUCAAAAAGGAAGAUCCUCAUAGAUUAUCCAAAGACUUUUCUAAAGAGAAUUCAUCAUUCUUGAAAGAAAACCAUGAAGAUGUUUCCAAGAGAAUUUCAUUUAUACCAUUAGUUGCUGAGGAAACUGUUCCACAAGGAUUCCAUUCUCCUUAUUUCUUCAAAGACAAAGAAAACUUAUCUGAAGCAAGAGCUAGAUCAAGAUCAAGAAGUAGAUCAAGAUCCAGAUCAAAUAUGAGACCUCAUUUAGCUAGAGGUGAUAGUUAUAAAUCAACUAACGAAGAAGAUCCUUCAAAAUAUGAGUUACCUCCUGAUUUUUCCACUCCAGUUAUUGAAGAAGAAAAUGAUAGAAGAUCAAGACAAUCUAAACCAACAAUGGGUGAUUCUAUUGCUGCGGCUGAAGAUGAUAUAAUCAACCAAGAAAAUUACCAAACUAAACUUUUCAGAGAUAGUUCAUUGGUUACAACUGGUGAUUACACUAACUUCAAUGUUGAUAGUAGACAUGAACCAAGUACUCCUUAUAACAUGAAAUUUAAUACUGUUUCAACUGAUUACUUGAGAUCAAUUUCAAGAUCAAGAUCAAGACAACCAAAAUUAGAUGAAAAAAAUGAUGCUGAUUUAAAUGAGUUGAAAAAGGAAGGAGCUUUAAUUAAUGAAGACCCUUAUUCCAAUAUUGAUGAUUUAGAUUCUAUGAUGAAUAAUGUUUUGACUAAAAAGAAUUUGAAUGAAGAGUCAAAGGAAGCAAAAGAUUUGAAGGAAGACAAAGUGGAUAAAGAUACCGAAACUGAAGAAAAGAAAGAACCUGAAGAAGAAAUUGAAGAAUCCAAAGAGGAAGCUGAAAAAAUCGAACCAGAAGUUAAUCAAGAAGCUUUAGCCAAAUCUGCCAUUCCUUCUGAAGUCAUACCGGUUGAAGAUUCAUUAGAAACUAAGGAAGAAAAAGAUGAUGAAAAGGAAGAUAAAGAUGAAGAAGUAAAAGAAGAAGAUAAAGAAGAAGAUAAAGAAGUCGUUGUUGAAGAUAAUGAAGACAAAGAAGAUGAAGAAGUCAAAGAAGUGGAAGAAGAUAAGGAAAUCACCAUCGAUGAACCAGUCUCCAAAUCUGUCGAAGAACCUGUCGAAGAACCUGCAGAAGAUGAUGAUUUUGAUAUCUCUCCUGAAGAACUUCGUAAACAUCUUGAAAGUCAACCAGUCUACCUUUUCACUUCUUUAGUUGGUGGAAUGCAAGUCGUUCAUAAAACCAAUAGAUUACAAACCAUUUUAAAAGCUAAUGAAAUCACUUUCACAGCUAGAGAUUUAAGCACCGAUGAAGAAGCCAAAAAAAUCUGGAGAAGAUAUAGUAAUGGUAAAAGUUUACCAGGAAUCGUCAGAGGGGAUGAUUUCAUUGGUAAUUGGGAAGAUAUUGAAGAAGCUAACGAAGAAUAUAGAGUUAGAGAGAUUAUUUAUGAAACUUUAUAG